AUGCCCAUCGAUCCACCUUCACUGAUACCGCUAAAACCAGAACCGAUGGAUAUCGAUCUUUACGAGACAACCUUCCCCCCUUUGUCGGAUGGUUUCAGCACUUCUCUAGAAUCUUUCAAUAGCAUUCCUGAUCGUCAAUAUACUGGUAGCGUCUUACCAGCCUCUUCACCUUCGAGGGAUUUCAUCUUCGAAGAUGAGUUAUCAAUGAAUCUCGCUUCUCUCGCAUUGACUUGGAAACCUCUCAAUCCAGAUAACACAGGGACAGGGACCCUCAAUUCUUCCACGGUAGAAGGACCUUCUCAUCCCUUAUUUCCUUGUCCUAUCGACUUGCGCCAGGCCCUUGGCCAAGAAAUCAACACUCAUGAACCUGAAAAAUCGAAGGAAAAUCCCUCUAAACCCAAACGAUUCCAUCCAUAUCAAAAGAAACCUAAACCGAAACCCAAAGAUAAAGAAGUUGGAUAUAUAAUUCACACGACAAGAAAACCAGAAGAUAGAUCCAAGUACCUUGAUCCUUCUCUGGAAACUACGACGUUCUGGCAAUUCGUCCAACAAAGGAAUAAUGCUAGGACGGAGGAGCGAAGAGAGGCGUUGAGAAUUGCUAUUGCAAUGUCUGAAAGAGGGUCAGUUGUUGAAUCGCAUUCCACUUGGGGAAGGGAUAGAGACGAUAGGUCAAUUGGAUUUAAUGAGAUUGAUGAGGUUCAUUCAAGAUAUGGCCCUGAAGACGAACAUAAAGAAGAUGAAGAUAAGGUGAUUGGGAAUGGAAUGAAUCAAUCUAGUUUAUCACUUUAUUCGAGAAUGGAGAAAGAGAGGUCUCUAAGAGGAGUAGAAUUGAUUGAUACAUCACCUAAAAAGUGGAAGGUAUCGCCUAAUAAGAAUUUCUUGAAGAGGCUAAUGAGUAAUGUCGAGCGAUAUAAUGGCAAUAUAAAGAAGUAA